AUGUCUCAGAUUCCAGUUGAGCCCGAAUUUCAGCAAGCCUACGAUGAGGUCCUUCUGAGCUUCAAGGAUACUCUGUUGUUUGAGAAACGUCCCAACCUCGAGCGUCUCAUGGAGGUGCUUGCCAUCCCUGAGCGGGUGAUUCAGUUCCGUGUCACUUGGGAAGACGAUAAUGGACACAUCCAGGUCAACCGUGGCUAUCGUGUCCAGUUCAAUUCAGCUCUUGGCCCUUACAAGGGUGGUCUUCGGUUCCACCCCACGGUCAACUUGUCUAUUCUCAAGUUCUUGGGUUAUGAACAGGUUUUCAAGAACGCACUUACUGGCCUGAACAUGGGUGGUGGUAAAGGUGGUUCUGACUUUGACCCCAAGGGCAAGUCCGACUCCGAGAUCCGCCGCUUCUGCCAGGCCUUUAUGACCGAACUUUCUCGUCACAUUGGUGCCGACACUGAUGUCCCUGCCGGCGAUAUCAACGUUGGUGGCCGCGAGAUCGGUUACCUCUUUGGUCAGUACAAGCAUCUCAAGAACGUCUUUGAGGGCGUUUUGACAGGCAAGGGUCUCGCCUGGGGUGGCUCGCUGAUUCGCCCCGAGGCCACUGGCUUCGGUCUUGUCUAUUAUGUCGAGAAAAUGAUCGACUACGCUACUGAUGGCAAAGAGAACUUCACAGGUAAGAAGGUCCUUGUCUCCGGUUCCGGUAAUGUGGCUCAGUACGCUGCACUCAAGGUUAUCCAGCUUGGCGGCUCUGUUUUGUCUCUGUCCGAUUCCAAGGGUAGCUUCAUUUCUAAGAACGGCAAAUCAUUCACUGCCGAGGACAUUAACAAGGUUGCUGAGGUCAAGCUUGCUCGCAAGGAGCUCAAGGUGCUUGCUUCUGAAUUCCCCGACUUUGAGUACCACGAGGGCAAGCGCCCAUGGACGCUGGUCAAGCAGGUCGACGUUGCUCUGCCCUGCGCCACUCAGAACGAGGUUUCCGGCGAGGAGGCCGAGUACUUGGUCAAGGCUGGCUGCAAGUACGUCGCUGAGGGCUCCAACAUGGGCUCCACUCUCGAGGCUGUCAAGAUCUUCGAGGCGGCUCGUCGCGAGCACGCUACCAUCUGGUACGGUCCCGGCAAGGCUGCCAACUGUGGUGGUGUUGCUGUUUCAGGUCUUGAGAUGGCCCAGAACUCGCAGCGCGUUACCUGGACUCAGGCCAAGGUCGACGAGAAGCUCAAGGAGAUCAUGACCAACUGCUUCUACCUGUGCCUGGACACUGCCAAGGAUUACGGCAAGGUCCCUCGCAAGUUGCCUUCUUUGGUCGCCGGUGCCAACAUUGCUGGGUUCAUUAAAGUUGCGGACGCCAUGAUUGACCAGGGCGACUUCUAUUAG